UCUCAAUAAAAAAAAUGGAGUAUAUUGAGUCGGAGAAGAUUUGGCGAGCCCCUAAACUGGAUGUGAAGAUUUCAGGUCUUGGUGCAGAUAUUUUGGAAAAACUCAAGCAAAGUGAUCCCGAGAAAAUCUACGAAAUACAUCAUGAUAGUGGUACACAUGUAACGUUUAGACAAAUUCGCGAACAGACUAUUACGGUUGCUCAAAAUUUAUUAAACCUGGGUGUGAAAAAGAAUCACACAGUUGUGUUUUUCACUAUGAUGAACUUAAAAAUUACACCCCUUACAUUUGCCUGCUACACAAUUGGGGCGCCAUUAUGUUUUUUUGAAACUUAUCUCGAAGAAGAAUUUAUACCUCAAUAUUUGGAACUGCUCGAUCCAGAUGUGAUAAUUUAUGAAGAUAAAUUCAAGUCUAUGGUCUUCAAAGCUCUUAAAGUUCUCAGUCUUCCAAAACUGAAACAUAUCCUCACCUUAGAUGGAAAGGAACAACAACGGUCUGUUGAUAACUUACUCUUCAAACCAAAAGUCGACAUUGAAAACUUCCAAGUUCCUCACAUUGAAGAUCCAAAUACUCAACCAGCGAUCUUGUGUUUUACAUCAGGUUCCACAGAUCUGCCAAAAAUUGUAAUUCAUUCGCACACCAUUAUGAGAGAAAGUGUCUAUGGUCGAUGGCAAGUACAGCCAGGAAGUGUAAUUAUGAUUCUAAGUGAGAUCCGUUGGUCUUGUCAGAUUUCCGGUAUGAUGCAUCCAGCGUUCCUUGACGUCAAAAAAGUUUACAGUUCAAUUCCACCUAACGAUCUUUCAGGUGAAUUUGUUAAGGAAAUAAUUGACACCCAUAAAGUCACUCAUUACUUCGAUGUUCCUCAGUUUUUGAUAAGUGUAUUGGAAGCUGCAGAACGGUCUCAAGACCCAUCAAGCUUAAGUUCAUUAAAAUGGAUUAAGCUUGGUGGUGAAAAUACUCCAGAAGCAAUUGAAAGAGAUCUAGCUAAGAUAAAUCCAAAUUGCAAAAUUGGAAGAUGUUACGGAAUGACCGAGCUGGUAGGUGGAGUAGCUUUAUCAGAAUUGGCCAAUAGACAAAAUGUGAAUGGAGGCGUUUUGAGAAAAGGUUGCAUGGUGAAAAUAAUUGGUAAUAAUAAAAAUUCUCUUGGACCAAAUGAAAUUGGGAAAAUGUGUUUCAAAUCAACAGCGCCAUUUUUGGGUUAUUUAAAAAAUCAAAAGGCAAAUGAAAAUGCCUUCAUUGAUGGAGGUUGGCUGAACUCGGAAGACUUGGGAAUGGUUGAUUCGGAAAAUAUUCUGCAUGCUUUUACUCGGAAAAAGUAUGUUUUACGUUAUGCUAAUGGAAAGAUACUUUUACCAAGUGAUAUUGAAAAUAUAGUUAAUAAAUUUGAAGGAGUUCGUACAUCAGCUUUGGUUGGGAAACCCAGUUUAGAGAAUCCUGAAGAAGAUUGUGGAACUAUUUUUGUUGUUUUUAAAAACAGUUUUAAUAUAAUUAAUCUUGAAAAUGAUUUAAGAGAUUACAUUAGAAAAAACCUUACCAAAGACCUAUUGCACAUAGUGAGGUAUUUUAAAAUUGUGGAAGACUUGCCUAGGACUAUAUGUAUCAAAGUCGAUAAGGUUGCAAUGAAAGGCAUGUUAGAUGGAGGCUAUUACCCUAAACAGCAGUUAAUAUUGAAUAAAGCAGUGCUUAAGUUGUAUUUCGAUAAACAAGAAGAAAUUUAUGACAAUCUUGCAUAUAAUAAUGAAAAUGUAGUAGAAAUUAAUUUUAAUAAUGAGGUGGGAAUCAAUAACAAUAUAGGUGAAUUUAUUGAAAGCGAGCAUUUAAGUGAACAUGAGAAAGGUUUACUUUACGGUGUUUUGAAGAAAUUUAAAAGAACAUUUUACAAUGAAAAUGAUGACUUAUCGUUUACAAAUGAAGUAAAGCAUCACAUACAUACAAAACAUGAAUUACCAGUUUAUUCAAAACUAUACCGUUAUCCGGAAGUACAUAGAGAUGAGGUUGAUAGACAAAUUGAAGAAAUGCUUAAGCAGGGUAUAAUAAGGGAGUCUAAUAGUCCUUUCAAUAGUCCAAUAUGGGUAGUUCCCAAAAAAGAAGACCUUUCAGGUAAAAAACAGUGGCGCAUAGUUAUCGAUUACCGAAAACUAAAUGAGAUAACAAUAGAAGACCGACAGCCUAUGCCAAAUAUCGAAGAGAUAUUUGAUAAAUUAGGUCGAUGUCAGUAUUUUACAACGCUGGAUCUCGCUAAGGGAUUUCAUCAAAUUGAAAUGCAUCAUAGCGACAUUCAUAAGACCGCGUUUUCCACAUCCAAUGGUCACUACGAAUUUCUUCGUAUGCCAUUUGGAUUGCAUACCCCUACAAGACAUAACGAUAUUGUUCACGUAGAUAUAUGGUUUCCUAUGAGAAAUGUCAUGUAUUUGACAACAAUUGAUAAACUCACCAAAUAUGCUACGGCUGACCUUUUAGAAGACAGAACAUGGAUUUCAAUUACAAAAGCACUUAAAACCCGCAUGCAAUAUUUAGGAAAGCCAAAACUUAUCGUUACUGAUAACGAACUAGACACAGUUUCAAUAAGACAAUUUUUAACUUCAUAUGACAUUCAACUUCAUGUCACAACUCCUUAUUUGAAAACUGGCAAUGCUGACAUAGAACGCUUGCAUUCAACAUUUAAUGAACACAUAAGACUGUUUAAUGCUGAUCCUUGCAACGAAGAUAGUCUUGAUGAAAAAGUUUUUAAAGCUGUUGUUUUAUACAACAAUACAAUUCAUACAAGAAAAGCAAGCAAUACUAUUGAAUUAAAAAUUAAUCCUUGUUCAACGGAGACCGUUGAAUCUAUGGGGGGAGGAGUCACAUCCGGACCCUUUAAAUAG